AUGAGGCCUCAGGUGCUGCUCGUCGCGUUCGCUGUCCUCGCAGCACUGCCCCUCGCCCACAGCCAAGUGGCGAACCCAUGGCCGUCCUGCGACAACUGUGACUCGUGCACCAAGUCCAACUCUCCGGGGUGCACGCGUUGGAAUUACUUAAGCUCCUGGGUUUUUUACCGUCGACCAAGUGCAAGAGCUGUGUCAUGUCCGCCAUCAGGCCACAACAGCUUCCAGUGCACAAACCGCAUCAACGAUUUCUGCGAGAGCUGCUGCACGCCGGCUGCUCAGAGCUUUAGCUCCCUUUGCAUCUGGAUUGAUCCCGAGAAGAAAUGA